ACUGUUAUUAUCCUCACUGAUGACGGGUUUGAAGUGAGGCGGUGGUAUAGAGGCGGAAGGGCUGGUGCUUUAUAAGAGCAAAGAUAAAAGUUCAAUGAUCAGAAAGAAAGACAGAACUUCGCCAAAUUCAAAAGCCAAAGCCAGCGUGCACGACAUCUGUGACAACUACUCGACCUUGCAACGAGAUAAUUCUCUGUGAGCGAUUCAGGUAGUAAGCGUUUGUGCCGAGAGAUACUACAGUCAGCCACUGAAGGACAAAGCCACAGUGUCAUUUUUGAAGAUGAGAUUCACCCUGGUGUUACCGACUCUUCUCUGCUUCCUCACGUGGAUGAGCUCGGUCCAUGCAAGCCAGGGACCCGGGUCCAACUGCUGUCUCGGGUGGUCCACCACCAGAAUCCCUCUGACACAAAUUAGGAAUUACACCAUUCAGUCUGAAGGGGUGUGUCCCGUCACUGCUGUAGUGUUUCUGACGACGCGUGGAAAGACAAUUUGCUCCGACCCAAACAGUAAAUGGGCAAAAAGAGGUGUCGUGAAGGUUGAUGAGGAGGCAAAGGGAUUGCUUGAGAUGGAACAGAAUGAACAGAGAUCAACAAGUGACAUCACACCAACAGUGUCCACCACAUCGAAAAAAGCACCGGGGAAGAAAGGAAGGAGGGAAAGGAGACGGCAGAGGAACAAGUCCCAGAGCGGGAGGAAGAGGCAGAGAGACUGUGCCAGCUGAAUCACUGGAAAAGUCAAAGUUUCCACUAUCAGAGAAACAUGACUCUUUCAAACUGGACUCUUACUAUAGCACAUUAACAGUAAAGCAAUAUUAUCAUGUUGAUUAUCAAGUAUGCAGUAUAUAUCUAAAUACAUGUUGACCAAACCUUGUUGUAUAAAUGUGUAUGUGUGUAUGUCAAAGUAUAUAUUUGGACCUAUCCCAAUAAAGUGCUUCUGAGCAAA